AUGACUCGCUUCACCGUCGCAGUGGGUGUGGCCACAGUGGCUGCUUUUGCAGCCGGGGCAGCCUUUGUUGUGGCACCAACCCGACCUCCUUCAGCGCCCACCGUGCCUCUUGCGUCUGGAGUUAGUGGAUCCACGACACAAUCUGCCGGCUGGGGCUUGGCUGCUGCAGGCCUCGCGCUGGGUGCGCAUGUUGGCCUUGCCGCGGCUUGGCGUGUUAGGGCUACUGCCACACGAGCAGAGGGUGGAGGCAAGGCCUACAAGGAGACGCCAGCGGAUGAGCGCCUCUUUGAGCAGGUGUACUUGCAAUACACCUCCGAGUACAUGAAGGGCCCAAUGUACUGGCGUCCCGACAAGAUGCAGGGAUUCGCACCAGACUAUCCUGGACGUCCCAUUGUGAAGAACGGCAAGUACACUAGCAACGUGAUCGGAAACCUGAAGGCCUUCAGCUCCAACGAGCUUGCGUUCCUGUCCAUGCUCUUCUUCGGUGUUGGUCUGUAUGGCAACCUUCAGUUCAACUACUACGACACCCAGUGGGCUAAGGUUGAUGCUGGUGGAUACUUCAACGUUUCCUACAUUGUGGAGUCCCUGCUGCUGCCAAUUUCCUUCUUCAUGCACAUCGCAUGCUACAUCCAGAAGCAGAACGGAAAGUGA